CUUGAGUGGCUUCUUGAACAGGAGAACAAAGUUUUAGAAAACUGGACGGUCAAGAAGAAAAAACUUGACCAAUGCCAGCAAUUUGUGCUAUUUGAGCGCAGCGCUAAACAGGCGCUGGAGUGGAUUCAUGACACGGGCGAGUUCUACUUGUCCACCCACACAACUGUCGGCGAGAGCCGAGAGGAAAGCGAGGAGCUCUUCAAGGAGUACAACGACUUCAAAAA